AUGUGGAAAAUCUCACCAUUGAUGAUCAUCUCACCAAAAUCUCAGCAUAUUCGAAAACAUGUGUUUAUAGACUUUCGUCCCGCUGCUAAAACGAACAUUCAAAUACCCAUGAGUUCUUUAGAAAACCCGUUUGUGUCUCAGAAACUUCCAAGUGGAAGUGACCAUCGUCCAAUAGAAAUUGAUAUCAUUCAAACAAUUGUUGGUUUGAUCAAUGCCGUCAUGGAUGAAGUUAACCUUGAAUUACUCGGCUUUGAUUUAUGGUUAUCUCGAAGUCUGGUCUUAGCUAUACAUACACACGUGUUGAUGUUUUUAACAAUUCUGUAUUAUAUUGAACAACUACAGGAUUUUCAGCAACAGCUAGAAACACUGCAGAAACAAAGGCCAUCGUUACUUAAUUAUUUCAUUAGUAUGACUGUGCCCGAUGUCUCGUGUGACAAAGAUGGUGGAGAAAUUUUUGAUGAUCAAGUUCUAAAUACAUUACGACGUGUUCUAACAACUAAAGAACACAUAACUAUUUCACAAAUCGUGCAAACGUAG